CAGUGACAAUCUGAGAACGUGAGCUAUCUACCCGGCUUUCGAAGGUCAGUGAGGACGGUGAGGAUUGAAGAGCAGGCAGUGGCAUUGGUCUUCCCCCCAGAAUGGCAAGCCUUCUCCGCCCUGUGGUCACCAGCUGCUCCACUCCUGUUCUCAGCAUAGUGGCAUGUGUAAAAUUGCAGGUGGUGAGGACCCAAUGUUUACGGCAGUUCAGAAUGCACCAGGUCUUCUGGUGCCAGAAACCAGGAAUUCCCUAUAAACAGCUGGCUGUAGGAGUCCCAAAAGAGAUCUUCCAGAAUGAGAAGAGAGUGGCUUUGAUUCCAGACGGUGUUCAGGCUCUGGUGAAGCAAGGAUUUAAUGUUGUGGUAGAAUCUGGUGCUGGUGAAGCAUCUAAAUUCUCCGAUGACCAAUACAGAGGAGCUGGUGCCAAAAUUAUGGGGACGAAGGAGGCCCUGGGUUCAGACCUUGUUGUCAAGGUUCGAGCUCCAACCUUCAACACUGCACUAGGCGUUCAUGAGGCUGACCUUCUAAAAGAUGCAGCAACUCUGGUCAGCUUCAUCCAUCCAGCUCAGAACAAAGAGCUGCUCGAUAAACUCUCCCUGCGUAAGGCUACGGUGUUAGCAAUGGAACAAGUUCCCCGAGUUACAAUAGCCCAAGGGUAUGAUGCUCUUAGUUCAAUGGCCAAUAUUGCAGGGUAUAAAGCUGUAGUGUUGGCUGCAAAUCACUUUGGGCGUUUCUUCACAGGCCAAAUCACAGCUGCUGGCAAGGUUCCCCCGGCAAAGGUCCUUAUUAUUGGUGGUGGUGUUGCUGGUCUCUCUGCAGCAGGUUGUGCAAAAUCAAUGGGAGCUAUAGUGAGAGGAUUUGACACAAGAGCCGCAGCUCUUGAGCAGUUUAAAUCUUUGGGUGCGGAACCAUUAGAAGUAAACAUUAAAGAGUCUGGAGAAGGUACAGGAGGUUAUGCCAAAGUAAUGUCCAAGGAGUUCAUCGAUGCAGAGAUGAAGCUGUUUGCGAAACAGUGUGGAGAGGUAGAUAUCAUCAUCAGUACGGCCCUCAUUCCAGGCAAGAAAGCUCCUUUAUUGAUUACCAAGGAAAUGGUUGAAUCAAUGAAGGAUGGAUCGGUUGUUGUGGAUUUGGCUUCUGAAACAGGAGGAAACAUUGAAACCACUAAACCGGGGGAGCUUUAUAUUCACAAGGGGGUGACUCACAUUGGUUACAUGGAUCUUCCCAGUCGACUAGCUACCCAAUCCAGCACAUUGUACUCCAACAAUAUCACAAAACUUUUAAAAGCUGUUAGUCCUGACCCGGAAAACUUCUACUUGGAUUUGAAAGAUGAGUAUAAUUAUGGCACAAUGGACCAUGUGGUUCGAGGAACUGUGGUGAUGAAGGAUGGGAAACUGAUCUUUCCAGCACCUCCACCACAGCAUAUUCCGGGAAGUACUCCGGUACAAUCUAAGAAGGAGCCGGAGCUAGAGAUUGAGAGAAAGGAAACAGUUUCUCCAUUUAUUAAAACCAUGAACACAUCUGCCAUUUGCACAGGAGGUCUGACUAGUUUGAUGGCUCUCGGAAUCUCUGCCCCGACUGUUGCAUUCCCACAGAUGGUGACUAUUUUUGGACUGGCUGGAAUUGUUGGAUACCAUACUGUUUGGCGAGUCACACCAGCCCUUCACUCCCCUCUUAUGUCUGUUACUAAUGCCAUCUCAGGUUUGACUGCAGUUGGCGGGUUAUCACUGAUGGGAGGCGAUUACACACCAGGGAAUAUUCCAGAAUUUCUUGCUUUAGUGGCAGCUUUUAUUUCCUCAGUUAAUAUUGCUGGUGGUUUCUUAGUUACUAAGAAGAUGCUGGAUAUGUUUAAACGACCCACUGAUCCCCCAGAAUAUAAUUACCUGUAUCUGCUCCCUGGUAUGGCUUUUGUUGGAGGUUAUGCAGUUGCUCUGACCAAUAAUUAUCCUAUUGAACAGAUGAUGUAUCUUGGAUCAGGCUUGUGCUGUGUCGGAGCUUUGGCUGGGCUGUCCACUCAAAAUACUGCUCGUCUUGGCAAUGCUUUGGGAAUGAUUGGUGUAGCUGGAGGAAUUGCUGCUACUCUGGGAGGCCUUAAACCUUCUCCUGAACUAUUGGCGCAGAUGUCAGGUGCGAUGGCUGUUGGUGGCACUCUUGGACUUGGAGUUGCCUCUCGUAUCCACAUCUCUGACCUUCCCCAGCUGGUUGCUGCUUUCCACAGUCUGGUUGGUUUAGCUGCCAUGCUUACCUGUGUGGCUGAGUACAUGGUGGCAUAUCCGCACUUCAGUACAGACUCUGCAGCCAAUUUAACCAAGAUCAUAGCCUACAUUGGCACUUACAUAGGUGGAGUGACAUUCAGUGGUUCUCUUAUUGCUUAUGGCAAAUUACAAGGUGUGUUGAAUUCAGCUCCAUUCCUUCUUCCUGGGCGUCACUUUCUGAAUGCAAGUCUGCUGGCAGUCAGCGCUGGAGCAAUUGUUCCUUAUUUGAUUGAUCCAAGCUAUGCAACUGGUAUUGUCUGUUUGGGAUCUGUAUCUGCUCUUUCUGUGGUUAUGGGUGUGACAUUAACAGCUGCUAUUGGUGGUGCUGACAUGCCCGUGGUCAUCACUGUACUGAACAGUUACUCCGGCUGGGCCCUGUGUGCUGAAGGGUUUCUGCUGAACAACAACCUCUUAACUAUUGUUGGUGCAUUGAUCGGCUCUUCUGGUGCUAUCCUCUCCUACAUCAUGUGUGUGGCCAUGAACCGCUCUCUGGUUAAUGUGAUUGUUGGUAGUUACGGCACUUCAUCUACUGGAAUUGGUAAACCCAUGGAAAUCACAGGCACUCACACUGAAGUCAGUGUGGAUCAAACAGUUGAGAUGAUCAGAGAGGCCAAAGAUAUCAUCAUUACUCCAGGAUAUGGUCUUUGUGCUGCUAAGGCUCAGUACCCCAUCGCUGAACUCGUCAAAAUACUCAUAAACCAAGGAAAGAAAGUUCGGUUUGGAAUUCACCCUGUUGCAGGGCGCAUGCCCGGGCAACUCAAUGUGCUGCUUGCUGAAGCUGGAGUUCCAUAUGAUAUCGUACUGGAAAUGGAUGAAAUCAAUGCAGACUUUCCAGAAACUGAAUUGGUGUUAGUUAUUGGAGCAAAUGACACUGUCAACUCAGCAGCUCAGGAAGAUCCAAAUUCAAUUAUUGCUGGAAUGCCUGUGCUGGAAGUCUGGAAAUCCAAACAAGUUGUUGUGAUGAAGAGAUCUCUGGGAGUCGGCUAUGCUGCUGUUGACAAUCCAGUGUUUUACAAACCAAACACUGCCAUGCUGCUGGGUGAUGCAAAGAAAACUUGCGAUGCCCUCCAUGCGAAGCUCAGAGAAUCAGCCAAAUCGAGCUAAAUCCAAUGGAAUGCUCUGCAAUUUUAAAGCAAAAGUUUGAGCUUUUUUAUUAUUAAUCGAAAGCAAGACUCAAAGUAACCAAAUUUAUCAUUUAUCCUGUUAAAGUCUUAAAUUUUGAAAGAGAAAGAUAGUGUACACAUAUUUGAAUUGAUUGCUUCCCUUGUUAUUUUUAUGUACUUGUUAUGCUUUUAUACUUCCGAAUGGAAAUCGUACAGUUGACACUGUACAGAAUUACACUACUGGAAAUUAAACUUGCUCUUUUUACCAAGGAGAAUAGUUGCUCACAAUAUAUUUUAAGUAGAUUCGUGAUGAGGUAUGGGCAAGUGAAUUUUUAUCUGGAAGUUCUGUGGACCACUUUACCAUACUAAAUAGCAAGCAUGCUUGUGGUAGCCUCUUAACUUGAGACACCAUAUGAUGUGGACCACACAAUGUGUCCCUUGCACUCAAACCCCCAUUGCAUGGACACCGAAGAAGAUCUAUUCUAUAUUGUAUUAAAAACCUCAAUACCAGAAAUUAUUCACUAGCAAUAUUUGGAAUAUACGCCAAAGAAUAAAUAUUGUCCAUAGGCCAAAACAUGUUCAACAAACCACAUGUUUCAAAAGUAAUUUCUUUUCACAUAGAUGUCAGCCAGCAAAAUAAUAGAACCAUCUUUUUAUAAAGCAUUAAAAAGCUUUGAGCCAAAUUACUACUGUAUAUCUACUGAUAAAAUAGUGUUGCAUUUUCAAUUGAUUUCCAACCUAAAAUGAGUUGUAAGAUGCAUCAUUGUUGCAAUAGAAAGUGGCCAAUUGGUAAUAAAGCCAUAUUGUGUAUAUUGUGGAAAUGGGAGAGACAAAGAUAUGACUGUUUAUGUGAGAUUAGUAUAGAAUGUAAAAUUUUAUUUUAGAUAUUAGAGGAACUUCUAAAAUUACCACAGGGCAAUAUGUUUACAUAACCAAUAUCUAUAUGUUGGGACCUCCUGUAAAAUUUUAUUAACAGGUCGAUUAUGAUAUUUUGAUGGUUAUCCCUUACAUUUCUUAUUAGACCAAUUCACAUUGCCCAACUGGAAAUAAUCUGUAGCAAUGGUAAUUUCUUUAUGAAUGCCACUUAUGUUGUUUACUGUCAAAUAAUUAUUUUGGCAUAUUAGUCAUUGUGAUGAGUUUCCUUAAAUUACAUUUUCAAUUUUGAAUUGUAAGGCCCAUCAUACAGUAAAACGGCUGCUAGUUUUAACUAGUGUGUUGCACUGUUCAGUUUGUUCUGUGGUCAGAUCACAGAAUAGUUUACAGUGCAGGGCAUUGUGUAACAAAUCCAUUCUAUAAACAAAAGGGGAUAAAAUUCCAUCCAACAAAAUGUAACAUUCACAAAUAUUUAUGUUAAGGUUUAAAUGCUUAGAGUUUUAGAUCAUUCUGGCUGUAAAAUGUUCGGUUACUUAAAGAUCAGUAGAUGUAAAGGUGCUACAUGUUGUUCAAAGUUCUGUUUGCUUACAAUAUAUCUACAUUCUUACGUUUAUAAAUA